UUCCAGUUCCGAGCGUCAGACUCAGUUCGGCGAUAGUUUCGGACCGGUUUGGUCGCAUAUUGUGGGUAGGCACGCGUAAUUGUUGAGCAAAACAGCGAUGAUCGUAUCGCGUGGCUUAUUAUCGCUUGUGCUAUUAGUGGUUGGUGUUUCUGCUGCAGCCGGUGCUGAAGCGGAUGCCGUUGACGCUACCGAGAGUCGAGGUAGUUUCGGUGCCGGCCCUGCCGGUGGUCGUGCUCCGCUCAUUCGGGAUCGCAACAAAUGCGUGCAAUCACCAACCACGGCCAGUGGCAGCAUGAUCCAGCGGGGAAGAACGUUUUGCAGUGGCGAUCUGAUCUUUCAAGACAACUUCGACUUUUUCGAUUUUGAGAUUUGGGAGCACGAAAACACGCUUGCCGGUGGCGGAAAUUGGGAAUUCGAGUGGUACACAAAUAAUCGAUCGAAUUCGUUUGUCGAAAACGGCAUUCUCUACAUUCGCCCCACGCUGACGGCCGAUGAGUACGGCGAACACUUCUUAUCUUCCGGAACUAUCAAUCUGCGCGGCAAUCAUCCCGUUGAACAGUGUACCAACGCCGCAUUCUGGGGUUGCGAGCGUGCAGGAACGCCCACGCACGUUCUUAACCCGGUUAAGAGCGCCCGCAUCAGGACACUGCCAUCAUUCAACUUCAAAUACGGUCGUGCGGAAGUUCGUGCCAAACUUCCUUCCGGGGAUUGGCUGUGGCCAGCAAUUUGGUUGCUACCGAAGCGAAAUGCUUACGGAACCUGGCCAGCAUCUGGGGAAAUUGACCUAAUGGAAUCACGGGGCAAUGAGAAUUUGACGGUAAAUGGAGUGCAGAUUGGAACCCGGCAGGUCGGACAGACACUGCAUUUUGGACCGAAUCCGUCGCACAACGGUUACAAUACGGCAACGCUGACGAAGAAUGCUGUUCCUGGGGAGGAAUUCAGCAAGGGGUUCAACACUUACGGAUUUGUGUGGACUCCGGAAGGUAUUACGGUCAGCAUCAAUGGGGAGAAUGUGACCAGUUUCGACGGCGGAGAAGGGUUCUGGAAACGGGCCGGUUUUGAUAGACUCAAUAUGGAGAACCCAUGGCGAUAUGGAAGCAAGAUGGCACCCUUCGAUCAAGAGUUUCACUUCAUUUUGAAUCUGGCAAUUGGUGGCGUUAAUGGUUAUUUUCCGGAUAAUGGAGACAAUCCUGGUGGCAAACCGUGGUUGAAUAGUUCUCCUCAAGCGGCAACGGAUUUCUGGAAUGGUCGCGAGAAUUGGUUGCCUACGUGGAAUUUGGACAAAAAUGAUGGAAAGGAUGCUUCGCUUCAGGUUGACUAUGUUAAAGUUUGGGCUUUGUAGGUGUAUUUUGAUAUUGUAAUGGAGGUUUUAUGAUACCUCUUGUACUUCAAUCUUGCAUUAACAUAUCCAACAUGUAGAACCCUUUUCAAUAAUAGAAUCACAACUGCUAAAAUUAAAAGCUUGGGUAAUUUUAUUUAAGCGGGAAAUGUAUUUUAGUGAAUCUAAAUACACUAGAUUUAUUUUUUUCUUGAAAUAUUGUAAGUUGGUCGGUCCACCUAUUGGUCAUAGAGAAAACAAUUCGAAGAAAACAGGCUGAUAUCUAUGGUCGAGGCAGGAGUUGACUCAUAUUUUAAUAUUCCCCUUGGAAAAUUGACAUUGUCUCUAUCUAUCUCAGUAUAGAGAAGAAAUCCUAUUCUGAAAAUUGACUUGUGUCUAUGUUUGCUAAAGAUUUGAUUAUUUAACUUAGGAAAAGUGCAUGAUGACAUAACUUCUAGAUAAUUAAGCGGUCCCUUUCACUACUACAAAUUUGAAACACAAUAUUAAGUUAUUGUAGUAGAUGAAAUAAACUGGAAAAAAGUCAGAUUGUGUCAUAAUUGAGUUAUGAAAUAGUAAUUUGUUAGAAAUCAUCAACUCAACGAACCGAAUUGCAGGGAUUUCUUUAACCAAAAAUGUACCUAUGGUUCCGUUGAGCAACUUCACAUUAGACAAAGUCUAACUACGAUAAUAUUUAUCUACCUCUACAUUUCAAACCAGAGCAUCUACCCCGGAGUUAGAUCUACCCAUACGAAUGGGUACAUUUGAAGGCUGAUAUAAAUUAAGCCCUAUCCAAGUUUUUCCUCACAGUUCGAUUCCUUUAAGAUUUGGAGUUUAUUUCAUUCGAAAUCUACCUUAACCCCACGGAGACCAUGAAUUCGGAAAUGUUAUACGCCGUCUACAAAGCACGAUACCUGGAUACAAAGCUAACCCCAAAUGGUUUAAUAUGCAGAGGUUGUGAACAUACUGCUAAAAGCGAUAGUGGCCGUUCGAAAUCCAAGAGAAGAGCAUCGUUUGAACGGUAUGUCCGAGUGGUUUUGCGGAAGAAAUGGAGUUUGUUUCGGACAAUGCUGAUGAAAUUCUUUGGAUGCUGUCAGUGUUGAAUAUUUCGUGAUUACUUCUUUGGGGAAGUCAUACCCAUGUUUCAGAUACAGACGUUCAACUAUACUAUUCAAACAUGACAAAUUGAAUCAAAUACACUAGGAUAAAAUAGACGGAUAAUGUGAUAACAAUAAAUGUGAAAAAUUAA